UAAAAAAGAGGGGAGAGGGGACCACGCAUUUGCUGUUAGAUCGCUUAUCGGAGAUCUCAAAGUCCGCCUCUCGUCUGUGCGAUCUACCUCUCCCUGGACCUGACAUGGAUGUUACGCUUGGAUAUGUUUUCUUCUUUGUUUUAUUGCGGUUACAACGCACGGACGCUUUAUAUCUCACCAAUAGUAUAGACUCUCUGCAUCAUAAGGUUCGGGAGUAUGGCGUGGUGCGGCCGGUCAGCACGGACGCCGGGGGCCACUUCCUCACCCAUGCCGUCUCCGCUCGCCGGCUCCGGGAACAGCUGCCAAUCCGGCGCCGCAGGAGGCGGGACACCGGCGACACGCCGCCGUCCAAUCACGACACGGCGACGGAGACGCUCUUCUACAACGUCACCAUGUUUGGGCGGGAGUUUCACUUGCAGCUGCGGCAAAACUCGCACCUCGUGGCCCCGGGGGCCACCAUAGAGUGGCACGACGACGGGGACGGCGUCGGCAGCGGCAACGGGACGCGCUACGAGCCCCUUCUGCCCAGCGACUGCCUCUACGUGGGACACGUCACCAACGUCCCCGACACAUCAGUGGCCAUCAGCAACUGUGACGGCUUGGCUGGGAUGAUCCGCAUGGGGCAGCAGGAGUACUUCAUCGAGCCAGUGGAGAGAGGCGACGCUGGGAUGGGGGAGGAGGAGCACGGGGGGCCUGGACGCCAGCACGUGGUCUACCGCUCCUCCGACAUCCACAGGCCAGAGGAGGCUACAGCUCCAGCCUCCACAGACACCCACUCCACAGGCCUGAGAGAGCUGGGUGGUCUGGGCGACCUGGAGGCCAUCUCCAGAGGCCUGCACUGGCAGGUGAACAGGACCAGGACCAGCAGCAGCAGCAGCAGCAGCAGCAGUCGCAGGGUGCGGCGUGGGGUAGAGGAGGAGGUCUUCAACAUCGAGGUGUUCUUGGCCGCCGACUACUCUGUGGUGGAGUUCCAUGGCAGGGAACACAUCGAGAAGUACCUGUUGACUCUUAUGAACAUUGUGAAUGAGAUUUACCAAGAUCCCACCCUGGGUGCUCACAUCAACGUGGUGCUUGUGCGGAUCAAGAUUGUGGGCUACUCGGAGUCAAUGAAGCUGAUUGAGCUGGGCAACCCAUCCAAGAGCCUGGAGAAGGUGUGCCAGUGGGCUUUCCUGCAGCAGAAGAAAGACAGGAGUGACGCGGAGUACCACGACCAUGCCAUCUUCCUCACCAGGCAGGAGUUCGGGCCCACCGGCAUGCAAGGCUUCGCCCCUGUGACAGGGAUGUGCCACCCCGUGCGUAGCUGUACCCUCAACCAUGAGGACGGCUUCUCCUCCGCCUUCGUGGUGGCCCACGAGACUGGCCAUGUGCUGGGCAUGGAGCAUGAUGGGGAGGGGGGUAAUGACUGUGAGGACGAGGUUCCCAUGGGCAGCAUCAUGGCUCCCCUGGUACAGGCUGCCUUCCAUCGCUUCCACUGGUCCCGGUGCAGCCGCGAGGAGCUGCACAAAUACCUUGACUCCUACAACUGUCUACGUGACGACCCCUUUGACCACCAGUGGGCCGAGGUGGGUCGUCCAGGGCUGCCGGGCCUCCAUUACUCCAUGAACGACCAGUGCCGCUUCGACUUCGGGAUGGGCUUCCUCAUGUGUCGCGAGUACAGCACCUACGACCCGUGCAAGCAGCUCUGGUGUAGCCACCCGGAGAACCCCUUCUUCUGCAAGACCAAGAAGGGCCCACCCAUCGAUGGCACCAGGUGCGGCUCAGGGAAGCACUGCUUCAAGGGCCACUGCAUCACCCUGACACCGGAUAUCCUGCGGCAGGACGGCCACUGGGGCCAGUGGAGCAAGUUCGGCUCCUGCUCCCGCACCUGCGGAGGAGGUGUACGCUUCCGCACACGCCAGUGUGACAACCCCAUCCCUGCCAACGGUGGCCGCACCUGCUAUGGUAACAGCUACGAGUUUCAGCUCUGCAACUUGGAGGAGUGCGAUAAAUCCUUGGCCGACUUCAGAGAGGAGCAGUGCAGGAUGUGGGAUCCCUACUUCAAACACCUCAACUCCCUGCACCACUGGCUGCCAUACGAGCACCCUGACGCGGAUGAGCGAUGCCAGCUGUACUGCCAGUCCAACGAGACGGGUGACGUGGUGCCCAUGAAGAGAAUGGUGCAUGAUGGGACACGCUGCUCCUACAAGGACCCCUACAGCAUCUGUGUGCGGGGGGAGUGUGAGAAAGUGGGCUGCGAUAGCGUCAUCGCCUCUGACAUGGAGGAGGACAAGUGCGGGGUGUGUGGAGGAGACAACUCCACGUGUAAGAUCGUCAAGGGCAACUUCACCCGUAGCACCAAGAAAGAAGGUCUGUUGAAGAUCCUGGAAAUCCCCCUGGGAGCGCGGCAUCUGCUCAUCCGGGAGUUCAAGGGGACACCUCAUAUACUAGCUGUAAAGAACCAGGCCACAGGCAAGGUGUUCCUGAAUGACGAGGAUGACUUCCCCGAGAGCCGGAGUGUAAUUGAGCAAGGCGUGGAGUGGGAGUACCAGAACCACGAUGACAUGGAGUCCGUGCAGACCACUGGGCCCCUCAAAUACUCUGUCCUUAUCAUGGUUCGAUCGUAUGGUGACUCCAAAGUCACGCUCUCAUAUAAGUACAUCCUGCACGAGGGACUCCAGUCGUCCAUAGAGAAUAACCUUCUGCUGGAGGACCUUGCCUACUUUGAAUGGGCAUUACGGAAGUGGUCCCACUGCUCCAAGCCAUGCGGAGGAGGUAAGCAGUACACCCGUUUCGGCUGCAGGAGGAAGGCGGAUGGCAAGAUGGUGCACCGCACGUACUGCUCCAACAUCCCCAAGCCCCGCGCCAUCGGGAGGGCCUGCAACGUAAAGGAAUGCUCCCAGCCAAUCUGGGAGUCUGGCGAGUGGGAGGAGUGUAGCCACUCUUGCGGUAAGACGGGCUACCAGGUGCGCAGCGUGCGCUGUGUGCAGCCGCAGUCGGACGGCACGCGCCGCUUCAUCCACAGCAAGUUCUGCAACGACGACCGACCCGAGAGCAGACAGCCCUGCAACCGGCAGCUCUGCCCGGCUCUGUGGAGGGCUGGACCCUGGUCAAUAUGUUCGGUAACGUGUGGAAAUGGGACGCAGGAGAGGCAGGUCCAGUGUAAUUCAGGCGACAGUGCCGAGGGACAGUGCCUGGACCGCAAACCAGACACCAUCAGGCCUUGUCAUCCCAUUCCUUGCCCCAACCACACAAGAAACUACAUCACCCAGUGGCUGUCCAGGCCGGACCCCAAGGUCUCUUCGCCGCGGAGCUCCUCAAGGAAAACCUGUAAGACGGACAAAUCUUUCUUCUGCAAGAUGGAAAUGUUGAGCAAGUACUGCUCCAACGAGGUUUACAAGCAGAUGUGUUGCAAGUCCUGCAACGAAGGGAACUACACUGCCACCAACUGGAGUCACACCGCCACUACAGCUAAAACUACCACAACCACGACCACUACAACUACUAGGCCCACAACCACACAAAUUGACUACGGUAUCUCCACAUCCCCACCCUAUUAUUAUUACGACCCUACAGAAGACUACUUCCCUUUUAACCCCAUAACCAGCGUGCAUAAGACAACAGAGAGGAUAACUGAGAGCACCACUGACCUCUGGAGCAUGGAAGAAGACACGACGCCAGACCCGACUACGACCGCCUUUGAGGAAACUACAUAUCCCAUCUACUCUGAGACAGAAGAGGAUUACAUUGACACCACCACCACCACCACCACCACCACCACCUUAGCUCCCACCACCACCUUAGCUCCCACCACCACUUCAAUGCCAAGGACGACUCCCCCACCCCCCACCACUGUAGCCACCACGUCCUGGCUUGAUGUAGUCAAGUCCUGGAGUCCCACCACGGCCCGUGUCAGACCCAAGCCCAGAGGGGACACAGUCGUGGUCCCUCGCAGAAAGACCACCAUACCCAGAGGUGACACAAUUGUGGUCCCUCGCAAAAGGACCACAACGCCUAAAGGAGACACGAUUGUGGUCCCUCGCAGAAGGACCACAACGCCAAGAGUGACCAUCACCCAUUUGCCCAGCACCCCUAUGCCUCCCAAGACCGGGGACAGGAGGGACAACAAAAAUGUGACAUACAAGAUCAUAGAUGUGGACAACGAGGUGUCGCCAAACGUUUUUCUUCUCAGGAAAAGGCUUCAGGACAGAACGCAGAACAAACGCAUUCAGGAGCUCUUGGCAGAGAAAAGGAGACAAGACUUGUUCAAGCGACUCAGGAGGAGGCCACCAGUGCAAUAGUAGAUGUGUGUGGUAUUUUAUCUUUCAGAGACUUGUUUAUGUUUUUUCUUCUUCCUCUAAAACUCUUUGUCUUCAUGUCAUGAUUGCGUUUCAGAUCUUUGUAUCUGUCCACUUCGUGGUCACUGUUGUUUGUUAGCCAGCUACCAGGCCAGAUGGAUUCAAUGACUGCAGUUACUGCAGAAUGUUUGAGGUGAACAACCUUCACACCAGUUGGUAAUAUGUUCACAUUAAAGUAGCACUAAGUAGUUUUUUAUCUUCAAAACUUGAAAAUGGAUCAAGGUCACUUCUCAUUUCAAUUUGCCACCCUCUCCAUGUGCAAUCACCACACUAAGAAAUUUGGAAGAAUUGGAACGUCUCUCUGUAGCUCUCUCUGGAAGGCAGUUCCGUUUCCAACCUGUAGAGGGACCGAAGGCAGAAACUAGCUAGUGUUGCUUUAACAUGUACUGGUUAGCAUUGUUUGAAGGGUAAAGCCAGCUUGCGAUAUUUGCACUUUUUAAAACCUUAAUUUAACGGUUUGCAAAUAAACACUUAAGUUCUGGAAGAGCAAGAACAAAGAUUGCACAUUAUACCUAACUACUCGUUUUGAAUGUCCAUUUUGUCAGCACUAUACAGUCUUAGUAAACACUCGGUCAACACAGAGUACUUAUAAUUCAGAUAGUUGAAACCCCAAAUACAGGCACUCUAAUCCCAUCCCAGAGACUUAAACAUGGAUAUACUUAAACAUGGAAUAUACCAUAGAUUUCUUAAACAUGGAUAUAUACCAUAGAUUACAAUCAAAGCUGUUCAUA